AUGAGCUAUGACCGAGCUAUUACCGUCUUCUCCCCCGACGGCCACCUGCUACAGGUGGAGUACGCCAUAGAGGCGGUGAGGCGCGGGGGUUGCGUUGUCGGUGUGAAGGGCCGCGAUGUCGUCGUACUGGCAGUAGAGAGGAAGGCAGCAGCAAAGCUACAGGAACCGAGGACAAGUCGAAAGCUAGUGCUGUUGGACGACGGCUUGUGCUGCGCAUUCGCGGGACUGCAUGCGGACGCUCGAGUGUUGCUAUCAAAGGCUCAGCUUGAGGGGCAGAGCUACCGCCUCAACAAUGACACCGCACCGACUGCAGACUACAUGGCUAGGCGUCUUUGCGGCACAACAGUUCCCUCUAUGGUGUUGCGUGCAACCCCAUUCCGGUGA